UUUUCUAUAAAUACACACGCAGCCACGCAACUAUUUUCUUCCAUACUUGCACUGUACAAACCAGACAGGUUUCAGGCCAGGAGGUUUAGCAACAUUAGUUACCCAGAGAAACAGGGAGAGAGGGAGAGUGAAACAAAAACCUAUCUAUCAGCCUUUAUUAUUGGGUUGAAUUGUGAAGAAAGAUCGUGAAUUAUGGGGAGGGGAAGGGUUCAGUUGAAGAGGAUCGAGAACAAGAUCAACAGGCAGGUCACUUUCUCAAAGAGAAGGUCUGGUUUGCUGAAGAAAGCGCAUGAGAUCUCUGUGCUUUGUGAUGCUGAGGUGGCUCUGAUUGUUUUCUCUACCAAAGGGAAGGUCUUUGAGUAUUCUACUGAUUCUUGUAUGGAAAGGAUUCUUGAAAGGUAUGAGAGAUAUUCAUAUGCAGAGAGGCAACUUAUUGCACAUGAUCUCGAACAAAAUGGAAGCUGGACUCUGGAGCAUGCGAAGCUGAAGGCUAGGAUGGAGAUUUUACAAAGAAAUCAAAAGAAUUUCAUGGGAGAAGAUCUCGACUCCUUGAGUCUUAAAGAGCUUCAAAAUUUGGAGCAGCAGCUUGAUUCUGCUCUCAAACACAUCAGGUCGAGAAAGAACCAAGUUAUGCACGAAUCUAUUUCGGAUCUUCAGAAAAAGGAUAAAGCAUUGCAGGAGCAAAACAACGUGCUUGCCAAGCAGGUGAAGGAGAAAGAAAAGGAAUUACUUGCGGAACAGGCACAAUGGGAUAUUCAGCAGAAUCAAACACUUGGCACAUCCUCUAUCCUUCCACAAACGUUGCUGCCCUUGGACACUAUUGGGACGUUAGUCUCCCUCUCUCUCUCUCUCUCUCUCUCUCUCGUAAAGAAGAAACAAUUAUAUGGGUCCUACCAAGCAAUUAGAAGCAGCGAAAGAGAAGAUGAGGCAAGACCAUCUCGACAUCGAGCCAAUGCAGUACUCCUGCCCCCUUGGAUGCUUAGCCAUCUUGAUUAAUAGCCUAACGCGUAUACUUCCAGCUUAUUGCUCUUAUUAAACCUUUCAUAUUUAUAAAUGUAUGGAUCAUGUGGAUCGACCCCAAUCUCCAACAAUAUAAAAUUUGUCGUUCAUUGACGAUGGAUAAAAAUGUCCAAAAGUGUUGUAUCUAUAUAUAUUGAAUUUUAAGCAAUCUAUAUAAGCUAUUUACGUGGUA